AUAUAUAAUAUAUGGCAGGCAGUUUACAGGUUGGGAGGCUAUCCAUCUUGGAAAAGCGUUUGGUCAGCCAAUUCACUUCAACUACAACUCCCACCUCUGCUCUCUCUGCUCCCCUCUUAACCUGGAAGAGGAAGGUACAGUCAUCUGUGUAUGACAAAAUCCCAGACGAAUACAUCCACCCAUAUGACGUUGUCCAACCUGGCGGUGAGUAUUGGACUCCCCACCCGGAAACUGGUGUAUUCGGGCCUGCUUCUAAUCACAACCACCUUACUUCUCACUCCAUGCCCGUAGGGGCAGCCGUCAAACAAUCUGUCUUGGAGCUCAAAGUCUUCUUCCGCUCCCUCGAGGAUCUGGAUAAAUAA